UGAUCAGCAUUGCAAUUUGCUUGUCCAGCGGAAAAUCUCUCAGUAAAAUGAGGUCUGUGGUUUUCGUUGAAAAGAUUGAACUGGAUUUCUCUGGCAACAUAUUUGCUAAUGCAUUGGUUCUCGGUGACGUGGACAAUGAUUCGCUUCAUGAGCUGAUGGUCGGAAGUGUCGAUGGGGAACUAUGGAUAUACAAAGGAGAUAACACAGUGCCCUUGGCGACGGCAUCAAAUCUAGGCAUGAUUGUAUGCACAGAAAUAGCUGAUGUUUGCAAUGCAAGUAAGAAUGUUGCUGUGGUUCUGUGUGCUGAUGGACUCUGUUACCUUUUUGCUAUUGACAAGCAAAGCAACGACAUCCAGCAAGAAAGAAAACAGACACAGGCAGAUAGUGGUCCUGUUGCCACAGAUGGCCAGGGCACAGAAGAGCUGCCUCAAGAAACAAGGAAGCCUUUGACCUUGACUCCUUUUCACACUCAACAUCUCCCUGCCAAUUCAAAGGUGGUUCUCGUUGCAGAUAUUGAUAAUGAUGGUCAACUGGAGCUAGUUGUUGGAUACACAGAUAGAGUCAUCCAAGCGUACAGGUGGCAAGACAAAACAGUGCUCCCUGAGGAUGCUGAGGGAUCAGGAGAAAAGGGCUUUGUGCUUCUUCAGAGAUGGAAUGUGGAUGGUCAGGUUGGUUCUCUCUCCCUGAGUAAGAAUGAUGAUGGCUCUCCUAUGCUAGUAGUCUCUCAACCAGGCUGUAAUUAUGCUGAGCUCAAAUGUAGCUGGAUUAUACAACACGAUGCUAGGCAAGACAGUGCCAUAGAUCUCAGAGCCAACAAGGAUCCAUAUGUUUACAUGCAUCUAAUCACAUCCCUUAGAGCAAGACAUGCUGAUGUCUCGACAGAAAUUGUUGCUGGUUUAUCAAAAGGAGAGAAAGAAGGUAAUGAGGAUAUUGAACCUGAACCAGACCGAAUAGCAAUGUGUACUCUCGAUGGCACUCUGAUGUUGAUUGAAAAGGAUAAAAGUCUUUGGUCAAGACUUGUUGACCAUCAGCUGUUUGCAUUGACCAAACUGGACAUCAUGUGCGAUGGUUGGGAUGAGGUAGUUGCAUGUGCAUGGGAUGGUCAGACGUAUAUCAUUGAUCACACACAGCAGUCAAUACGUUUUCAUCUCAAGGAGAGUGUCUGUGCUUUCACUGCAGGUCUUUACAGCACCAAUGGGAAAAACACACCUUGUCUUGUUUACGCCACGUUCAACAACAAGAUCUACAUAUACUGGAACGUCCAGCUGCCUAGGAUCCGAUCGGCAAAUCUCAUCCAUGUUGCAUCUGCAAAUGAUGAACUGAAGGAGAGAUUGGACAAGUUAGGAAUAAAAUCUGAGGAUGAAAAGAGGGAGCUCUUUAAGCGACUGAUCUAUGGAGGAUCUAAGAAACCAACGUCCAAGCCUGAAGGGAUCAGCUAGAUCUUCCGAUGGUCUAAACUGAGGGACCUGUUCCUUGAAUCAGACUGACCGAGGGCAGCCUAUCUUCCUUGCCCUGUUGCUUGAUAACAUGGUGCAUUCCUUGAAUGUCUCAAGCAAACGAAACAGGUGCUGGAUCUAUGGCUAUGGUGAUAUAUGCAUUGCGCCUUUGAAUAAGCAUUCAGAUAAAUCAUGCUUUACAGAUCAUAUUAUUGAUACCGGGGUAGGCUUAUGUGCUAUCCAUGUGAGGUUAGAGGAAUACAUAUAUAAUAUAAUUCUAUGAGAAGAAAAAGUUUAUUUGAUUUUGGUUUCAUUUCAGAGCCAAAUAUGACAGAAACAACUUCAUCUGUAUAUCAAUGAUUUAUUAUGUAAUUUAAGAUGAAUAAUCCUAAUCAAAUGAUGUUUGUAUGAAUGCAGGUGAUUAGGCAUUACUAUUGCCCCAAUGCAUGAAUUUACUAGUGAUGAGCUGGGCAUUAGUAAUGUAUGACGACCUGUUAUAAUUUUUAGAUGAUGAUGGUUUAUCAAAUAACAAGGAUCCACAUCACUAUCUUAUAAAACAAAUAAUGCACAUGUUUUGAGAUGGUGAUGGUUUAUAAAAGUAAUCAACAUCACCAUUUAUAAACCAAAUGAUACACAUCAUUUAGCUAGGUCUAGAUUUUGGGUACAGGUGCAGUGGAUUAGUCUUAGGACUUUAAAACAGAUGGUUUUAGGUUCAAUCCCUGCUGUGGUGUAAUUUCCUUCAGCAAGUAGUUCAGCUGUUAAACUUAUUCCAGAUAUAUUUGGUUUUGAUUUUCAGCUUCAAUUUAGCUUUUCUUUGUUCAAGACUAUGGGAACUCUUCCAAAUACCACUUUUUCAACACACUUUGUGAUCACUCUCAUUCCUGGCCCCAUGCCAGUC